AUGCGCUCCCCGCAUCCGCCACUUGGUUCAAGAAAUCGUCACGGGCUCCAUCCCUUAGUGGCUGGAGAACCAGCCGGUCGCUCGCAGCUGACUUCCUGGCGACCAAAUACAGCUCCAGGAAACAUGCAGCGCCCGCUUCGCCUCCAGCCGCUUCGCAGCUCUGCUGCAGUGGGGUCUGUACCAAAGACUUCCAGCUCUAAACAAAAGUGCCACGCACUUGAAAAUAAUCAGCAGUUUGCCAGUGAGGAGGAGAGGAGUGGGUUAAGACUUAUGAAUUCGAUUGAAUAUGUGACCGGUGUAUCUCCGUAUCAACUCCCUGUCAUUAACAGUCAUAUGAUACCAGUGCCGCCUCCCCCCCUGCAAAAAGGGGACAAGAGCGUAAAUGCAGUGAGAAAUGGGAUGCCCAGAGGCAGACGAUUUCGUCCCACCACUGCACCAAAUGGCUUAGAGCAACUUUUAACAAAGAAUUCUGGAGGAUUCCCUAAGCCCUCGUUACGCAGCAACGCAUUUGUUACCAUGGUCUUUCUAGGAAAAAGUGUGCAUUUAUCUCACGAUGGCGCUGAUUACCGAGACGAAAUCAAAGUCUAUCAGCAGCAUUGUGGAGGAGAAAACCUUUGCGUGUACAAAGGCAAGCUGUUGGAAGGAGAGACCUUUCAGUUUGUCUCGAAGAGGCACCAUGGUUUCCCAUUCAGCCUCACCUUUUUUCUCAACGGGAUGCAAGUGGACAGGUUGAGCUGUUGCUGCGAGUACAAACAUCAGAAGCGUUCCAGGCUGGGAGGCAGACAUGGGCACUUCGGGUUUCUCAGUGUGGAGGGAGCAUCUCCUUGCUACAGGUGCAUUAUUGCGAUGGGUCUGGACAAAAAGCCAUCCCCUCCCAAGCGGAAGAUGGAGGACCACGAGGAAAAGCAUGUGGGUUCCUGGAGAGAUGGAGUGCACAGUGAGCCAAGUAAAAGCAGUGUUGAGCAGAAAUCGCGCAAAGAUUCAGUGUUAGUCAUCAUACCAGGUCACGAAGCGAGUGUGGAAACUAUUGAGGACAACAUGGAGACUGGAGAGGAGCACAGAGAAGAAGAAAGGGAAAAACUAUCUGAUGAGUACGAUGAAGAUUUUGAAGAGGAUGAAGAAGUUAAUGAAGGGGGUCAGACUCGUGAUCAAAUGAAUGGAAUGUCAAAGUCAACCUCAGAUGAUAAAAACCAUAAUUUAGGCUCUGAAAAGGAGAGUAAAAGCUCCUCACAGAAGGCACUGCAGGACUCUGACAGUGAGAAGGAUGAAAGUGAUGGAUAUUCUGACAGUGACUCGGAGGAUGAUAAACAAGAAAGGCGGGCUGCACACUCGCUCUCGUCCGUCAGUACUCAGUACAGCAGUGAAGAUGACUCUCGUGGUGAAAUGAUGGAAGACGAUGUUAAAGCACCAGAUGGAUCUUCCUUGGCAGAAGGAGCACGAGCACUUGACAUGCAGAAGACGGCAGAAGAAGUGGUAGGAGAAGGGCCGAUGGCAGGGGAGAGACGAGCCCUGGGGGAGGAAGACCUUGCUGUGGAGGGAGGAGAUGCUGCCACCGAAGGGGCAGGAGUAGAAGUGGCACGGGCGGGAGAUUUGCUGCCCAAGGAAGACACAGCGGCUGUGCUGCAGGCAGAGGGACAGCUUGCGGUGGAGGGAUCCGCACCCGAGGAGAGCGCCAUGGCAGAAGAAGAUCCCAAAGGAAAGGGGACAGGGAAGGGAACAGAGCCGGGCGCAGAGGUGGCACCUGGGGAGCAGGAGGGGGUGAUGGAGGGGAUGGAGAGCGAGGCAGCACUGGGAGAGGAGCCGGCAGGGGCACGGCGAGGUGGAGAGGAGCAUGGAGCAGUGUCCGAAGAGGCGGCUGGGGAGGUCCCUGAGGGAGAGGAGGCGGCUGGGGAGGUCUCUGGGGGAGAGGAGGCUGUGGAGCAGGCUUCCGAGGCGGAGGAGGCUGUGGGAGCCACGGGGCCGUCAGUGAAGGAGGAGGUGGGUGAGGCGGUGGCUGAGGGAGAGGAGGCCGUGGAGGACGGAGGUUUUGCAGGGAAUGGCGUUGCGGCGAGUGCCGUGUCUGAGGGAGAGGAGGCUGUGGAGGACGCCCGCUUGGCAGAAGAAGGGGUUGCCAGGGUAGUUGGCCCUGGAGGAGGAGGAGAGCCUGUGGAGGAGGCCGUUUCUGAAGGAGAGGAGGCUGCGGGGAAGCCCAGGGCUCUCCUGGAAACAUUAGGGAAUACAACCGUUUGCACAGGAGAAGCAACGCCUGGAGGAGAAGACUUCGUAAAGCCAAAUGAGUUUUCCCAGCUGCAGGCGUCAGGGGAAGGGGGGAUGGAGCUGGGGAAAGCUGCCAUAGGAGAAACAACUUCCGAGACUGGCACGGCACCAGAGGUAGAGGGGAGCUCUCUCCUGAGGGCCGGGGAUGCGACGGGGGCGGCUGUGGAGCCUGGCACGGGUCCCCUGCCGCAAGUAGCCCCUGGGUUAGAGGCACUGGUGGAUGCUGGAGGGGAUCCCGUAAGUGAAGGGUCUUCUCAGUUGGAGACCACAGCAGCAGAGGAGGAGGAGGGCUCAGCAGAAGCGCUUUUGAGUGGAAACCCAUCUCUAGUCAGCAAAGGAGAGACAGAGUGUGCAACGGAAGAAAAACCUGCUGGAGGGGUGAUGGCGGUGUCUGCGGGGACAGGCAGAGCGGGGUCAGGAGGUGGAGAGGAGGUCGUGGGUGGAGCAGCAGGUCCGAGGGCACUGGCGGCGGGGAUGGAGGGGCUGCUGGCGUGGGCUAAAGAGAGGGGGAAGGAGAGGGCUCCUGGUGAUGCCCGGGAUGAAGCAGCGCUGCCUGCCCCGGUGCUGUGUGUGUGCCGGCCCGGCGAGGCAGGAGUGGUGGCCAUUGCGGUGGACAUUGCAAACCCAGAUGCAGUUGUCGUGCCCUCGGUACAGCCCCAGGAUGGGGAAGAAACUCUCCUCUGA